UCUCACUACACUCCCCACUGACCAGAGAAAACACUUGAUAGCGAAUGCGAGAGGGGAUUUAAAUUGUACAAAUAUGGUUCAUUUCUUUUGAAGGAUCGGAUAGCUAUCUGUUUUUUUCUACGUAGUUUAAGGCAAUCCGUGAAGAGCACUGUUUAACGACUUGCCUCACAUCGAUACGCUACGACAUUAGCUAGAUCGUAAUGUCGGUACUAUUGGACUAGUUUUCCCCCCUGGACCCCGCUUCCUGUUAGCCUUGGGCUAGCUAGAAAAUCGAAAUUAUACUAAUGAACUAGCAGGUAUAGUUAGAUAAUGCAAAUAGGUGUAGCUUUACUACUUAUAAUAGGCUACCCGUUGCAGUUUACUUGUGCAUUAGUCUAUGCUAAUAACUCAGUUUUACAGCCCGCUAUCAGCUGGUUUCCUUUAGUUUGCUAACGCUCGACAGCUAGCCAUUGUGUGGAGAGAUUUAAGUAUUUAACUUGGCUAGCUUUUGGUGGUAGGGAGCAACCGAUAAUAACUUCAGAUUCAGUUGCCUCUUAAUAUAUCAGUCGGCAAUGGGUUCACUUGUAUGAGACCCAGGUGCGUUCGACUGAUUCGUACAAAAAUAGUUUGCCGUGGGAAAGCGUGACAAUCCUAAACAGUGUGAAAGACAACAGAGAACCUGCUCAGCUGUUCUGGUAACGACGAAAACAGCUGAUAACUAACUUAAAGAGAAUUGAAUUGUCGUUUUAUUCUACGCAUGCUGAUAUAACUACAAUAUUUAAAUACUUAUGUACGUUCAUUAGUCCUAAAAUAAGCGGUUUCAGUCAAGUUGACUAGUUAGGGGGCUAGUGGAUGGACUCGAUGUAGAUGGGGCUUGUGCGACGUACGAGGACUGCUUUCAUGAACCCGCUGCUACCAGGUAUGAGCUCAUCAUAUUAAACAAAAGCCUUAAAUGCCUCAGAACACUCUGUCGGUAACCGGUCGUCAUCAGAGGUAACUGGGUGGAUAUAGAGCCCCGGUGAAGCGGUCUGAAGAGGGAGGCUCCUGCCCGUUCUGGACAUUCCUCUCCCCAGCCUACCUCCUUCGCAUCCAUUCACCACCGCCCUCCCCCUCACCAGCCAUGGACCCCCCGAGGACUCGAUCGCGGUCUCGGUCUGGUUUCUAUCAUUUCGGCAUGAACGGCAGUGUUGGUAACAACGGCAGUGGUAACGCGGUCGGUAACGGAAGCUUGAUGAACGCCAGCGGAGGAGGGGUGAGCUACCCGCAGCAGAGCAACCCCGGCUGGGCUCCUCACCAUGGUGGUCGUAGCUACCCUGAGAACCAGCAGCACAUCCAGGGUAGCUACCUGCCCGCUGGGGCGCAGCGCCACUCUUCGCAUGGAGCUCACAGACACCCCGGGGCCGGUGCUGUGCUACAUUUUCAUCCAGAUAAUGUGUGCAAUGAGGAUCGAGACAAAAUGGAAGACAGCCCAAGCCCGAAAAGGCAGCGCCUUUCUCAGCAGUCUAUGUUGGAUCUGAGCUCCGCCCCUCCCUCUACUCCUGCCUCUCCUAUUCGGCCCUGGGAGCUGCCCCCCAACCGCAGACAACACCCCCACUACAUGCCAGAGAGAUGCCACACGCCUGUUCGCAAUCGUCGCAGCCCUCCAAUGAGACGCCAGCGUGGCCGGAGAGACCGCCUGACCCGCCACCACCACCACCACUACAAUGGCAACAACCACCACCAUCCCCCCAAUACACACCAUCAUCACCUCCACUCCCACCAUGGCCUGUCACCAGGCCACCAGGAUGAGAACUACCGUCACUCAGCUCCUCCUCAGGGCUACCCACCCUACAGCCAGCAACCUCCCCGGGGGCCAGGACCUGGGCCAGAGGAGCGUCCAGGUUACCAUCCUCCAAACCCCUCCCCAAGGCCCCUUCACCACUCACCCAACCUGUCUCCCAGACUGCUGCACCCUGCAGCCCAUCCGCAGCACCCACACCCCCACCCAUCCCAGCAACAGAGCAGUGUCAUGCUGGACCUCCAUGAGCAGGGUUCAGCUCCAGUAUCAUAUCCUGUCUCCCCUCCUGGAGCGCCACCCGGCCUUCCGCCUCGCUCUGCCCCUCAGCCGAUCCCAGCAUGCUCAGUGGUCUUCAGUGGACAGCACUAUCCUGUCUGCAGUGUCCCUCCUCCUGUCCUUCAGACUUGUUCUGUGCAGCACUUACCCAUGCCUUACCCAUUCCCAUCACUGCUGUCCAGUGACCCAGCCUUCCUGCUUCCCCCUCCUCACCUGACACAUCCCCCAGCACACCUUUCCCAUCACCCACCUCACCUGCCCCAGCCUGGACAGUUUGGACCCUAUCCAACACAGCAAGCCCGAUCGCCGUUACAAAGGAUAGAGAAUGAUGUUGAGCUGCUCGGAGAGCACCUCUCUUUGGGUGCGGGGCUCCACUAUCCUCCUGCCACCCACCCUGCCCUCACCCCACACUCCACACAGCUUCACUUCCUCUCCCAUGACCCCCUGCCACAGGAGUUCUUCGGCGUGUCCUAUCCAAACUUUAUUCCUCGGCGUCUACCAGGGCGACGGUACCGCUCGCAACAGCCACUGCCACCUUCACCUUACCACCCAAGCCUCCUGCCUUACUUCCUUUCAAUGCUGCCAGUCCAGCCCACAGGUCCUGCGAUCAGUCUAGAGCUGGAUGUAGAUGAUGGAGAAGUGGAAAAUUAUGAGGCCCUCUUAAACCUCGCUGAGCGUCUGGGAGAGGCCAAACUCCGAGGUCUGACCAAGGGAGACAUCGAACAGCUUCCUUCCUAUCGGUUCAAUCCAAAUAACCAUCAGUCUGAACAAACACUGUGUGUGGUGUGUAUGAGUGAUUUUGAGUCCCGCCAGCUGCUGCGAGUCCUGCCCUGCAGCCAUGAGUUUCAUGGGAAGUGUGUUGACAAGUGGCUGAGGGCCAACCGUACAUGUCCCAUUUGUCGGGCUGAUGCCUCAGAGGUCCAAAGAGACUCAGAGUGACCACACGAGGGAGCCAGACACUCCUUAUUGUCUGUCAGACAUGUUCAGCACUGCCUGCUCCUGAUAUAUUGAUACACAUGUGCAUGCAUGUGUACACACACAUACCAUUUCCUGACCUUUUUGUGCAGCACUUCCUAUUUGUUUUUUGUCCUUUCAUCAGAUUCUUUCCUCCCCACUUAUUUUACUCUCUGCCAUUUUCCCUUCUAUCAGUCUUUCCUGUUCAUGUUAAUAUAAGCUACUAUGUUUUGGGGCUAACAACAUCAUGCCUGACCCAGUAUCCUGCAAUGAUGUGUGUGUACACAUGCAUGCACAACAAUUGUGCAAGUGUUGUUUGGUCAGCCCUUUAAUGCGGGGCUUUGGUACGUGUGUGUGUGUGUGUGUGUGUGUGUGUGUGUGUGAGAGAGAGAGAGUGAGUGAGAGAGAGAGAGAGAGAGAGUUUUAGAUGUCCUGGAGCAUGCCUGAGUUUCUGCUGCGUAUCGGACAAGAGUAACGACAUCUGAGAGUUUUCUGCUCUCAUGAGCGACUCACUUUACUUCCUGUUUGUAUGUGUAUGCACUGUCUGCCUGUAUGCAUACUCUGUGUAAGUAUGUUUUGACUUUAGUCCCUUUCUCUAGUUUGACACUAAGGGUCCAUGCUGCCACUAUACUUCUCGGUUGCCUAUUUGAUCAGUUUGUUUUAGUUGUUAUUGAUUAUACUUAUUGUUGUAAUUAUUAUUAUUAUUAAUAUCAUUAUUCAAUCAUUUUAACACAGUGACUGUUUUCCUGCCUGCGGUUACAUCACCAUUCCGGUUUUGGUCAUCUUUCAAUAUAAGCACUUCACAGCACUACUUUAAAAGCACAGUAUUUUUCUUUUUCUUUGUUUCCUAGGCAAAAAUAAGUUUGUCUGUGACUUUGCAGUGGCACAUGUGUUGCAUAUAUACAAAUAUCUAUAUAUACUGUAUAAAUUUAUGAAUCUGUAUACCAAAUAAAAGGCUUCAUAUGAACUUUUUAA